AAUACCACCCCAGACCUCCGCGCACCCCGGGCGCUUUGUGCGGGGCCGGAGGUAGAGGCGCAGGCCGCCAUGGCGCUGCGCGCGGCCGUGUUCGACCUGUACGGGGUCCUGGCGCUGCCCUCGCUGGCCGGGGCCUUCGGCCGCGCGGAGGAGGAGUUGGCGCUGCCCAGAGGCUUUCUGAAUGAAGCUUUCCAGAAAGGAGGCCCAGAUGGUCCCAGUGCCCGCCUCAUGAGGGGAGAGAUCACAUAUUCCCAGUGGGUGCCACUCAUGGAAGAAAACUGCAGGAAGUGUUCUCAGGACUCUGGAAUCCGCCUCCCUGAGAAUUUCUCUGUAAGUCAAAUCUUUGGCAAGGCGGCUGCAACAAAGAUCAACCACCCCAUGCUUCAGGCGGCUCUUGCUCUCAGAAAGCAGGGAUAUACAACCUGCCUCCUCACCAACAACUGGCUGGAUGACAGUGCUCAGAGGGGCAUCCUGGCCCAGCUGGUGUGUCAGCUGAGGCCACACUUUGACUUCCUGGUAGAGUCAUGCAGGAUCAGAAUGGCCAAGCCUGAUCCUCGGAUCUACAAGUUUGUACUGGACACCUUGAACGCCAGCCCCAAUGAGGUUGUAUUCUUGGAUGACAUCGGGGCUAAUCUGAAGCCAGCUCGUGACUUGGGGAUGGUCACCAUUCUCGUCCGUGACACAGACACAGCCCUGAGGGAACUGGAGAAAGUAACUGGGGUACAGCUUCUCCAAGUUGCCACCGCUCUGCCAAUCGCAUGCAAUCCGAGGGACGUGAGCCAUGGCUAUGUGCCAAUAAAGCCUGGGGUGCGUAUGCAUUUUGUGGAGCUGGGCUCCGGUCCUGCCGUGUGCCUGUGCCAUGGAUUUCCGGAGAGCUGGUUCUCUUGGAGGUACCAGAUCCCUGCUCUGGCUCAGGUGGGUUUCCGGGUGCUAGCUCUGGAUAUGAAAGGCUAUGGAGAGUCGUCUGCUCCUCCUGAAAUAGAAGAAUAUUCCUUGGAAGUGUUAUGCAAGGAGAUGGUAACCUUCCUGGAUAAGUUGGGGAUCACUCAAGCAGUGUUCAUUGGCCACGACUGGGGAGGCAUGCUGGUGUGGAACAUGGCUCUCUUCUACCCGGAGAGAGUGAGGGCAGUGGCCAGUUUGAAUACUCCCUUCAUACCAGCCGAUCCCAGCGUACCUACGAUGGAGAAAAUCAAAGCCAAUCCUAUUUUUGAUUACCAGCUCUACUUCCAAGAACCAGGAGUGGCUGAGGCUGAACUGGAACAGAACCUCAGCCGGACUUUCAAAAGCUUCUUCAGAGCAAGUGAUGAGGCUUUUCUCUCCGUGAGCAGAGUCCGCGAAAUGGGAGGACUCUUUGUGAGAACCCCAGAGGAGCCCAGCCUCAGCCACAUCGUCACCGAGGAGGACAUCCAGUUCUAUGUGCAGCAGUUCAAGAAGUCUGGUUUCAGGGGUCCCCUAAACUGGUAUCGAAACGUGGAAGUAAACUGGCAGUGGGGCUGCACAGGUUUGGGACGAAAGAUCCUGAUUCCGGCUCUGAUGGUGACCGCGGAGAAGGACGUCGUGCUCACUCCGGAGAUGUCCAAGCAUAUGGAGGACUGGAUCCCCUACCUGAAAAGGGGACACAUUAUGGAUUGCGGACACUGGACACAGAUGGAGAAGCCCACCGAGUUGAAUCGGAUCCUCAUUGAGUGGCUGGAGACGGAUGCCAGGGACCCACCAAUGGUCUCGAAGCUUUAGGGCAUGGCAUGUGCCAGCCCCCCAGCAGGCCUGCAAGCCCUUCCUCUGCUGGGCUUGGAACCCAGAGGAAGUCUUUCCGGCACCUCUUGUAACCGGCAGCAUCAUUCCAAGGGGGUUUACUCUGCAGAAUGGUUUCCUUUAAAUGAAGAGAGUCAAAUCUGACAUAAUUUUAGAUACAGGAAAAAUCACAUCUGAUUCAUUCUCCAGGUAUAAAGGUGUUACUUUCUCUCUUAAGAGUGGCUUACAGUGUUCUAUAGGGGAUGACGCGGGAUGGCCAGGGGUGAUUUCUCUUUGACUAACCAAUCACGGUUCGGCAGCAAAAUCCGUUAAUUUUGAAGCACAUCAGCUGAGAUUGGAACUCAUUGGUCUAAUAAAAGCUCAAACAUUC